AUGGAUAAAGGCUUGGGCGACGAGUCUUCUUCCAUUUCUUCUUCUUCAUCAGCUUCAAUAGCCAACAAUAGCAAUAGCAAUAUGGUUAUCAAGCAAGUCAACAAAAUUUCUCACAAAAUCGCUAAACCUAUGCGAAAACCUUUCCCCCUUCCAAAUCCCCCCUCCGCCGCCGUCGGCGCUCCUCCUACAAUCCCGGCUGUUGACCCGAACCCACACAAUUCGGGACCGGGUCAGGGUCCACCACAAUCGCAGCAGCCUCCUGUCUAUAACAUCAACAAGAACGAUUUCCGCGACGUCGUUCAGAAACUCACCGGCUCCCCCGCUCACGAGCGCCUCCCAACGCCGCCGCCACCGUCGUCGGCCACCCACCCGCGGCCGCCGAGCUCCCGCCUUCAGAGGAUCCGGCCCCCUCCCCUCGCCCAGAUUGGCAACCGCCCUCCUCAGAUCGCACAGAUCCACCCUCACCCCCCGAACGACGCCGGCCAUAGGCCCCUGAUGCGCGGACAGCCCCUCCCGCCGCUCCCCUCAGUUCAUCCGGCGGCGGAGUCCCCGAUCUCCGCCUACAUGCGGUUCCUCCAGAACUCCGCCUCCAAUGUCCCGCCUCCCCCCCUGUGGAACGGCGUCGCACAACCCGGCGAUUCUCUGCCCGUUCAGAAUGACUUCGGUCAACGGCCCCCUCCGUCGUUCUCGCCGCUGCAUCCGGCGGAGUCGCCAAUCUCCGCCUACAUGCGGUUCCUCCAGAACUCCGCCUCCAACGUCCCGCCAUCUCCUCUGUGGAGCGGCCUCGCACCGAUCGGCGGUGGUCCACGCCCCGAUUCCCUCCCGCCGCCGAACGAGCUUGGUCAACGCCCGCCUCCGCCUCUCCAGCCGGCUGGAUCUCCGAUGUCCUCCUACAUGCGGCCCAUCCAGACCACCGGCGGCCCCACAUCUGCUGCUCUUCCCCCGCCGCCGCAGCACCAUCCCCCACCUAUUCCUUUUCCUUCCCCCUUUUCAGCUAUGCCGCUGUCACCCCUCCCUUUUGGAUGCAUCCCGUCGCCCAGAUCUCCGUAUGGCAUGAUGUCUCCAGGCUUUCUUUUCUCACCGACGGCCCAAUUUGGGUUGCCACAGCUGCCCCCUCUGUCACCGACUUUCCCUGUUCCAAGCCCCCGUUGGAAGGGUAUGUAA